CAUUCGUCCGUCCGCGGGGCGGGUACGCGGCGACGGCUGUGGCGGUGGCGACUCCGUGUCCCCGGAGCCAAAGAGCGCAGGCCCGUCCCUGCGGCCGGGGGCGGGCGGCGUGGGGGCGCCAUGUGGUUCAUGUACGUGCUGAGCUGGCUGUCGCUCUUCAUCCAAGUGGGCUUCAUCACGCUGGCCGUCGCUGCUGGACUCUACUACCUGGCAGAACUGAUAGAGGAAUACACAAUGGCCACCAGCAGAAUCAUAAAAUACAUGAUCUGGUUCUCCACAGCUGUGCUGAUUGGCCUCUACGUCUUUGAGCACUUUCCCACCAGCAUGAUUGGUGUGGGCCUCUUCACCAACCUCGUCUACUUUGGCCUCCUCCAGACCUUCCCCUUCAUCAUGCUGACCUCGCCUAACUUCAUCCUGUCGUGUGGACUAGUGGUGGUGAAUCAUUAUUUAGCAUUUCAGUUUUUUGCAGAAGAAUAUUAUCCUUUCUCAGAGGUCCUGGCCUAUUUCACUUUUUGCCUGUGGAUAAUCCCAUUUGCAUUCUUUGUGUCGCUGUCAGCUGGGGAGAAUGUCCUGCCUUCCACUAUGCAGCCAGGAGAUGACGUGGUCUCCAAUUACUUCACCAAAGGCAAGCGGGGAAAACGCUUAGGUAUCCUGGUGGUCUUCUCCUUCAUCAAAGAGGCCAUUCUACCCAGUCGUCAGAAGAUAUACUGACCCCCUUGGGGAGGGACUAUAGGGGCAAGAUUAGCGGUCAGGCCCCUGGGCCUCUGUGCUAGGUAGGGGCCAGGAGCCUGGAAGAUACUUUCCACCAGCCCUGGCUUCUCUCCCCUUGGUCCUGAAGCCCCAUCCUCCUUGGGGGCUCAGCUUGGUUUGGAUCUGACAUUGCCAGGGGCGGUAACGUCAUGGCACCAGGGAGGUGGCAAAGCCUGCUUAGUCAGGUGACCUAGUCCCUCAGGCUCUUCUCCCUCUCCCAAAGUCAGUUGGGAGCUAGCUUCAGGCUCAGCCAGGGGAGGCAGGCAGGGUCCAUGAAGUUGGAGAACAGCCAGUGACAAGUUCCUGGGCAGAUGACUAUAGGGAGGGGACACAGCUUGGCACUUCUAAGAGAAAUGGAUUUUGCUAUUAAACUGUGAUUUUUGUCCGAUUGCUAAUUCCCAUUUGAAUAAAGAUUCUAGGUGACACUGUUUGCCUUAAUAUCCCAAAA